AAUUACACGAGGAAUCGGCGACAGGGGUGAACACAUUACAAAACAUUUCACUAUCGACGAAUCUCCGACGACUCUGCCUGGACUCCAGAUUAAGUUUCACAACAGAGUACACGGUGCUCCCUGCCGCUGUCUCCUCCCUUUUACUACGCAUCUGCAUACUGUGACCUAUACUUAAUUAUUAUUGAGCAACUCUCAAUGUGUCAAUCAUUUUGGUACCUCUCAACUGCUGUGACCACAUUUGCAAAAUGAAUGUUAAAACCACGAUCACCCUGAGCAUUGAGGACUUUUCUGGGUUUUCUAGUUAUGAUAACUACAGCAGUGACUAUGAUUCCUGCUGUGGAGAGGUCUGUGAUCAGGAGACCAGCAUGCACUUCGAUGCCAUUUUUAUUCCGGUCCUUUACUCUGUAGCGCUGGUGGUGGGGCUUGUGGGAAAUGGGCUCGUACUGGCGGUGCUGUGGAAGAAGAGGGCGAGCUGGAACGUUACAGACAUCUUCAUCCUCCAUCUGAGCAUAGCAGACAGUCUACUGCUGCUAACACUGCCACUCUGGGCUGUAGAGGCAGUUAAGGGUUGGAGCUUUGGCACAGGACUCUGCAAGCUGACUGGAGCUUUGUUCAAGAUCAAUUUUUACUGUGGCAUCUUCAUGCUGGCAUGCAUCAGUCUUGACCGCUACCUGUCCAUCGUCCAUGCAGUGCAGAUGUACUCUCGUAAAAAGCCCAUGGUGACGCACUGUUGCUGUCUGAUCAUCUGGCUGUUCUGCCUACUGCUCUCCGUUCCUGACUGGACAUACCUCAAGGCCAUUUCAGACUCCAGACGUCAAGAUAAAACAGAAUGUGUUCACAAUUACCCCUCUAAUUUCUGGGAACUGGCCACUCGUCUGCUCUACCAUGUGGUGGGUUUCGCUCUGCCGGCACUCAUGCUGCUGUUCUGUUAUUCUUCUAUCCUUGUGCGGCUGCAGCACGGCUCCCAGGGCAUGCAGAAAAAGAGAGCCAUGCGUGUUAUUGUAGCCCUGGUACUGGCCUUCUUCAUCAGCUGGACGCCCUACAACAUCACCCUCAUUGUCGACACCAUCCAAAGCAACAGGAACAUCAGUUCCAAUAACCAAGCAUGUGUCAGCAGCACAGCAAUGGAUGUAGCCAUCACAGCUACUUCCACAUUGGGCUACUUACACUGCUGUGUCAAUCCAAUUCUUUAUGCUUUUGUGGGGGUGAAAUUUCGUCAGCAUUUGCUGGACAUGUUGAGACCGCUAGGUUUCACGCUCAAGGGCCCAGCAGGGCUGGUGUCCCGGAAGAGCUCUGCAUGGUCAGAGUCAGUGGACACCUCACACAUUUCUGCUUUCUGAAAUGUAUAUGGCAUCAAACUGGUAUAUGUAAACAAUCAGUGAUCUUUUUCUUCGGCAGCCUUAAACAUCUGCACUAGUAUUAUGUCAAAGGAGUAAGGUACAUAUAUUGACAGAGGAGCAAGGUACUUAUAAGUAUAUAUAUAUUUCUAGUAGCUUUGCUGUUUAGCUAGCAUAAAGACUGUAUUAUAAUGAGAAAUACAGAGGAGUGUCAUUUAAUCUAUCUUUCAGAUAUUUUUCUUUGUACACAUGGCAGUGAAGAUCUCCACUGUUUAGCGUUUCUUAAGCAUACAGGAAAAGCAAGCUCACUCAUUUUAGAGAGAGAUUUAAAGAGAUUACAUUUGAUCAGAAUGGAUCACUGUUGAAUAGGCUACUUGGCAAAUUUGUCCAAUGGAUAAGAUUUUUUUAAACCACUAUAAUUGGUUUCAGCUGAGGCAGGUAGCUAUACAGUGGUAAUUUUUUUACAGUAUGCAUUCUGUACAUAAUCACUCAGUUAUAUAACAUAGUAUAUAACAUUUCAGUAAAAAAUAAAUAAGUAAGUAACUGCAUCUACGCAGGUCUGUAUAAAAUUAAGAUAAAUGUUUUGUUGUUGCUUUUGUUGUUUUUAUAUUUGUUCAAUGUGAAUGAUUGAAGUUUCUCCAAAUUAAUAAAUAAGUAUGACACACUGUGCAAAUUCCAAUUGAAAGUGAUCAUCCUUAUGCCCUACUCACUCCAAAGGACAGAGCUCUUGAUAUGGGCACUCUGAAGGGAGCAUAGUAAUACUGUAUGAAUACCCUUAGCUAACAGUCUUGCGGUAGGGCCCUUUGUGAAAAUAAUGCAUUUUCUUAAUUUAGUUUUGAAUGACACUUUGAGUGAUGUUCCCUUCUCGCAGUGCCCUUCAAGGGCACAAAAAUGCAGUUUGGAAAACGCCCACUGGCAUUCUAGAGUUGUUGUAUAAACUGUUCCUGAGAUGUUACAUCUAACUAUUUGUUUUUCAGAUUUGCUAGUUUUCCCAUAUAGUUUUACAAUAAUGUUAUGAAUGUUUCUAAAUAUAAGGUAUCUGCUGAUUUGCUGAAAAUACAUUUUCAAAUAAGUUUUGUAAUAAGGAGAACAGUGGCAAAUUUGAAAUUUUGUUGCUUACUGUCAUUCCUAUUUGCUCUUAUAUUUUUUUGUAUAUAACUUUUAUAACAUUUAACCUCCCUAUGUAAUUUUCAGUAAGAAUAGCCUACAGUACAUGUUAGGUCUGGUCUUUUUAUUCCUAGCUACACCAUGAAUUGUCCGUUCUGUUUCUUCAUUAAUCCUGUAAAACUGCAAUGCAAUAAAAAAUAA